UGACCGAUAAGCACCAACAAUACCAUCGAAGCUAUGGUCUUAUCUAAAAGCUGUAUAAACAAGGUUAACUGGUUUGUAAUGGCAUACAACCUCGCCGCGGCUUUACAACACUGCUGCCUUCCAAUCACAGAGUCACAAUUUCCGUGACGUCCACCGGAAAAGCGAGCACGCAAACGCACCACGUAAAACAAAACAGAUGCCCCCGCAGAGCAGCGACAGAGGACGGCCGUGAAGUCAGUGUACACAAACCACGACCCACCUAGACGGCCCUAGUUGUUCAGCCCCGAUGUGAGUGUCGUCGUCCCGUCGACCCGACAGGUUCAAGACACGUUUCUCCCACAGACGGUUCACCAAGCGGCAGACAUCGUCAUGGCCCAGGAGACUAAUCAGAGUCAAGUUCCUAUGCCCUGUGCUAAUGGCUGUGGUUUCUAUGGCAACCCUAGGACUAAUGGCAUGUGCUCUGUGUGCCAUAAGGAGCAACUGUCAAGGCAGAACAAUGGAGGACUCAGUACUUUGAGUGUUGUGGGCAGCAGCGGUGGCCCCAUGGCUGAGGCUUCUGCCAUCCAGAGGUUAGAGGCCACCUUGAAUAAUGCUGCAGCUGCUGCAGUCGCUGCUGCAGAGGUGGCAGCUGAGGCCGCCACCUCUGCUGAGGCUGCUGCCAAUGAGGCUUUCAGUGGGGUUUCAACUGCCAUGUCUGUAACACAGCAAAUGACUGAGAUGAGUCUCUCUUGUGAAGAGAGAGGAGCAUCAGGGAGCAAAGUAGAGCUCACAGAGCCAGUUUUGACUCAGCCCACAUUCUCAGCCUCUUGUCCCUCCGGUGCUGGCAGUGAGCAGUCCAAAGCCCCAGAGCCCCAAAAACCCAAGAAGAAUCGCUGCUUUAUGUGUCGCAAAAAGGUUGGCCUUACAGGUUUCGACUGCCGCUGUGGGAAUCUGUUCUGUGGACUUCACCGUUACUCAGAUAAGCAUAACUGUCCGUACGACUACAAAGCUGAGGCUGCUGACAAGAUUCGCAAAGAGAACCCCGUGGUUGUUGCUGACAAGAUCCAGAGAAUAUGAAAAGAGCUCUCCGUUUGACUUUGAACACUGGGAUCUAUAGGCUUUAAAAAAAUGGACUUGAGCCCAACCUUCUUCCUGAAGGAUCUGUUGUUUUCCCCCUCAUUUGUUACACAUUCAAGACUUUUUCCCCAAUGCAUGAAUGUUCACAUAUAUUUUCAGCUUUCAUUCUUGUUUUUGUGUGCGUUUAACACUUUUGGAGGGUUGUAUGUGAGGAUUAUGGCGGGGGGGGGGGGGGUCCAUAUCAGUGGAAGUGACUGCGGGAGGUUGCUGAUGAAGGAGUCAUUGCCCUUUUAGAAGAUGCUGUGCAGGCUGUCAUGUGAUCCUCCCCGAGAACGCUUGAACUCUGCCUGGAAAGAGUUCGGACACUUUGGGCCUGUUUGGACUCUCAGACUUUUACUGCUGUUCGCUGAUGGCGCCAUCUCAGCCGUGCUUGCUCUCUGCUGGCUUGAGUAGCAAAAUGGUUGUUUUUCUUUUUUCAGUUUUUGGCCUCCACUUAACACUGUGAGGUCAGAGUUUCACCCUCCAUACUAGUCAGACCUGGCAUCCUGGUAAGUUAUCAUCCUAAAAUGCUUCUCUGUGCCGCUGGAAUCCCAUCCACAUUGCCCCCCCCCCUCUAACACACAGCUCAGACAUAUUGCUGAAGAGACUUUGGAAAAGAGACUUUGUUGCUAGCCCUUUCUUGCUGGCUGGCUCGCUCAUAUUCCUUCCCUCCUGCUGUGUGUGUGUGGCACUAGAAUAACAAUGUAGUUUGACAGUUAACUUUAUUUUUUCCCCUGUUGAUCUCUGGCUGAUUGCUGUGACCCGCUCUGUGUCCCGGGUUCUGAAUAGCAGGCACGUCGAAGUCCUGCUAUUCAGGUAUCUAAAACCAUCCACUGAAGUCACGUGACUAUACUAGUCAUCUGACUGUUAAAUGUGUGUUUCCCCUUUUUUUGUUUGUUUUCCAGAAAAUGAUGUGUAUGCUGUGUGUUGUUGUAUGACAAGUAGCCUGAACUUGUAUUAAUUUUUGCCUUGGAAGGGUUUAGCUCCACUAAUAUUUCAUAUUUUACUUCACUAUUGAAUGUUUUCCUCAAUUUUUAAUGUGAGCUGACAAAUGCAAAUUGUUGGGGAGUGUUGGAAUGUUGCAUACUGCGUAUCAAACACAGGUAUGUGUGUGUGUUUGAGGGAGUAUAAGUGGAAGGCUGUUGUAUGAGACUGAGUGGUUGUGUACCGCGGUGAUUUAGACCUGUGGUCGUAGGUUAUUAAUCAUUUUCCUUUUUUGAAUUUUUCUUUUUGGUCUGGCUGCUUAACGUGUGUUUUUGUUUUUUACCCUUUUUAGUUAUGCAAGUUUGUACAAACAUCUUUAUUUAUAUACUGCAGUGUGCGUAAUCUUCCAAUAAUAAAGAAUUAAUUGUACGAUGUAAAUAAAUUAUGUUCACAAA